AUGGCCCCGGGUGGCGCGGGCGGAGUGGGCGUGCGCGGCAGCUGGGCGGUGGCGGACGUGGCGGGCCUGCCCGCGCCGGGGCGGUGGGGGCACACCGCGCUGGCCGUGGACGGGCAGAUGCUGCUGCUCGGGGGAUGCUUCGGAGGACAGCACCUCACCAAUCUCGUCGCAUACAACCGCGCCACUCGCAGCUGGUCGCAGGUCCGCACAACGGGGGUGCAGCAGGGGCCGCGUGACAGCCACGGCGCGUGCUUGGUGGGGCGGCGCGUGGUGGUGGUGGGUGGCACGGACGGGCGCGCCAAGCUGGCGGGGGUGGACGUGCUGGGACUGGACACCGCAGAGUGGACGCAGCCGACCUGCUCCGGCACGCCGCCGCAGCCACGGCUUUGCGCGCUUGAGGUUUGCACAUUUCCCGCACGUUUCCCCUUCUGCCCCUCCGCCAGAGAGAGCCACGUGGCGUGCGCGACCGCGGAGGGCCACAUCGUGGUGGCCUUCGGGAGCGGCGACGGCGCGGCCGCGUACCUGGCGGACGGCGUGUUCGUGCUGGACUGCGCCACGUGGACGUGGCACGCGCCGCCGCUGACGGGCGACAUGCCGCCCGCGCGCGACUCGGCGGCGGCGUGCAUGCUGGGGCGGCACAUGCUGCUCUUCGGAGGCGACCAGGGCGCCAAGUACCUUAGCGACACGUGGCUGCUCGACACGCAAGCCUUUACCUGGGAGCAGGUGGAGGUGCCUGGCGCGUGCCCCUCCCCGCGAGCAGGCCAGACGGCAGUGGCUGUCAGCCCAGACCUGGCACUAUUCUUCGGGGGCGUCGGAGACGGCCCCGAGGCGGGCGAGACGGUGUACCACGCCGACGUGUGGGCCUUCAGCCUGCCCACGCGCACCUGGCACCCCCUUCACACGAGCGGCCAGCCCCCGGCGGGCCGCUUCUCGCACGCGGCGUGCCUGCUGGAUGGCGACAUGUACGUGCACGGAGGGUGUGCCAAGGACGAGCUGCCCCUGGACGAGAUGGCCAUGCUGCGCCUCUCGCCCGCCGACGAGCCGCCCGCGCCCCCGGACGGGGCCCAGCUGGACAGCGGCGCGGCCGCGGCCGCCGGGGAACGGUCGUCCCCCGGCUUGCUGCGCAUCCCGUCCCCAAUGGCCGCGACGCCCCCGUCCUCCCCGGGCCUACUACUCAGCAGCAUUCCGCCGCACCCCUCGGAGCUGCUGCCCGGCCCCGACGGGCCACCCCUCGCGGCCGCGCCGCCCGCCAGCUACGCCAGCGAGCCGGAGCGGGCGGCCGCCGCAUUCUCGGCGCCGGCGGCGUCGCAAGGCAUGAUGAUAGAGCGGCCGCGGGCGGCGCGGCGGGCGGGCCCCGCGGUGAUCCUGGAGGGGCGGCCCAUCUCGGGGAACACUGCGUCGCCGGACUCCAGCCUCAGCCUGAGCGCGGGGGCGGCCGCCAUGGAAACCGGGCAGAAGCGGGGGCGGGCGGUGCGCACCGGGAAGAGCGUGCUCAGCUUCCUGGAGAGUCUGCCGCCCGCACCAGACCCCGAGUCGCCGCCUCGUCGUCGUCGCGGCCGCACCCGCCCGCCGUCGUCCCCUGGUGCUCUAAGCGGCGGCGGCGCGUCCUUCCCGGGCGGGGUGCUGGGGCGGGCCUCGUCGGGCGGUGACGGCGAGGCGGGCCCGUUCUCUGCCAGCAAGGACCAGAAGCUGGCCAUGCAGCGCUUCCUGCAGCAGCGCAAAGCGGACAAGGACGCCGCGCGCGCGCGCGCGGCGGAGCAGGCGGAGCACCCGCACGACCUGCGGCCCGACCUGGCGCCGCUGCACAUGCCCGCGCGCAGGAUGGUGCACUACGGCGCGCCCUUCGCGGGGGGCGCGCCCGCGGCCGCGGCGGCCGAGUUCCCGACGGGCCCGUUCACACAGCUGCUGCUGCACGAGGGCAGCCCGAUGGACGUGCGACACGAGGGGGGGGGGGCCGACAGCCGCGACGCCGCGCUCGCGGGAGGCAUGCUGGGCGCGGCGGUGCAGGGCGUGGUGGACGGCGUGCUGGACAUGGGCUACCGCAUCACAGCGCACGCGGGGGGGCACGUCUUCCGGGGCUGCCUCUUCGCGAACGUGAGGCCCGCCGCUACGCCGGGCCGUCCUGCCUGGCGCCCCCAAGGACCCUUCCGACUGCCCCGACUGUACGCUCCCGCGGGCCACGCGCCGGUGCCCCUGCCUGGCUGGCCAGUCCCCCCGCAGCCCCGACCCACCGGUGGCGACUUCGACAACCCGGUGGCCGGCCGGCGGGUCGCCAGCGUGGGCGGUCGGUUCUACCCCCCCGCCCAACCACGCGCGGGCGCAUACUUCAGCCGCGCGGCGGUGGGCGGGAUCGGGGAGCACAAGGCGCGGGGCGGGGGAGAGCCGAUGUCGGUGGAGGCGGUGGAAGCGAUGGAGGGGAUCAUCCACGACCUGCAGAGCACGCACCAGGCGCGGCAGAGCAAGGGCCAGCCCGGCGCGCGGCAAGGGGGGGGGCAGCUCGGAGGCCAACAGUGGCCCCCCAAAUAA